UGGAUUCUGACGUCACAAGAGGGCGUGUGAGACCCGGGUGCAGUUGUACUGAGGGCAGUAGAAGGUAAGAGGAGGAAAGAGGAGUUUUCCUGCUGUCUUUCCCUCGCUGUUCCGUCUCAACACAGGACCCUAACAUCGCUCCUCAGCUCUUCAUGUCCACCACGCUCAGACCUUCUCCUCACACACAGCGUUCAUGACAACAAGCGAACUUUUUUUCCUUCGGUAGGUGAAGAAGCUCCGUGUUUUCCUGAGAAACACCUUGGGCAGAAAUCAGAGCCGUCACAGGUACAAAGGAGCAGAGGAUCCGGAAGAACUCGCACUUCGAGUUUACAGUCUUCCCAACGUGGACCUCGUAUUUACCUGCUACAUUUAACACACUCACACUCACACUCACACACACACACACACACACUGACACUCUCACACUGACUUUCAACAUGAUGGACUUAAAGAAAAGGAAGAUCUUUAUCCUCGUGGAUAUUCUGUGUGUGAUUAUCGCGGCACUGCCAUUCGUGAUCAUGACCAUCAUGUUCCAGCCAUACCAGCGAGGCGUGAACUGCAGCGACCAGAGCAUUCGUUACCCGUACAAGUCCGACACCAUCUCUCACAGCAUGAUGGCUGCCGUCACCAUCAUCUGCUCCAUCGUCAUUAUUACCACAGGAGAAGCCUACCUGGUCUACAGCAAGCGCCUCUACUCAAACUCAGACUUUAACCAGUACGCUGCAGCGCUCUAUAAAGUCGUGGGAACGUUCAUGUUCGGUGCCUGUGUGAGUCAGUCUCUCACAGAAAUGGCCAAAUUCACAAUCGGGCGCCCGCGGCCCAACUUCCUCGCCGUGUGCGCGCCGAGCGUGUGCGAGGGCUACGUGCUCAACAUAAACUGUACGGGAAGCAAACACAACGUCACCGAAUCAAGGUUGUCCUUCUACUCUGGCCACUCAUCUUUUGGGAUGUACUGCAUGCUGUUUUUGGCGUUAUAUGUGCAGGCACGCAUGGCAUUCAAAUGGGCACGUCUUCUCCGACCAACAAUUCAGUUCUUCUUGGUUGCAUUCGCGAUUUACGUUGGAUACACGCGGGUGUCUGAUUACAAACACCACUGGAGCGAUGUACUCGUGGGCCUCUUGCAGGGGGCGCUCAUCGCCAUUCUCAAUGUGCGGUACGUCUCAGAUUUUUUCAAGGAACGUCUUCCGCGCCAACCGCAAACCGAGAUGUCGGAGACCGACGAAUCGGAGCGCAAACCAAGCCUGCAGAUAAUCGAUCAAGAGAGGAAUCACCAUUGCAGCUUUUCUGGGACCGUAUGAGAGACUUUUGGCUUUGUGGCUGGUGUGUACCGGUAUCAUACCAAAACCAGAAAGUGUGUGUGUGUGUAUGUAUGUGUGUGUGUGUGUAAUAUAUAUAUAUAUAUAUAUAUAUAUAUAUAUAUAUAUAUAUAUAUAUAUAUAUAUAUAUAUAUAUAUAUAUAUAAAAACCACUGGACAGGCUGCAGUGCUGCUCAAUAAUUCCCCCACAUCUGCAUCCCAGAGGCAUCAGUGCAGCUACUGUAGCCACUAAAGCUGAGUGGCACUGACUACAGACUCGCCUCCACACGUGGAUAAUCUCUCCUUUAUAUGCCUGUGUGUGUGUGCGUGUAUGUAUGUAUGUAUGUAUGCGGCAUCAUAUAGUAUCCCUAUAUUUUGUCCUUCCUGUAGAGGGUCUGAUAUAUUUAUACUUUAUCCGAUUACACAAAUGAUUUUUUAGGACUUAAGCACAAAUCGUAAAACAAUCAAUAGAAUUUUUUUUUUUUUUUUUGGAUUCUAAGAAACAGACUUGUAUCAAAAUGCAACAACUUCACCUGAUUUGAAGGCAACUGAAAACGGUUUGAAAACAGUUCCCAAGUGAAGCGUAGAGAUCGGUCGUGGGUCGGUCCGUCGAAUUUCAAGAAGCCGUGCCACUGAAAACAUGUGAGGUAGAGUUCAAAUGCAUUCCUCAUCCACUACGUUGUGAAGUUGCCGUUUUUUUAAAAUAUAGAUUUAAGACUUCUUUUUAAUGAAAAUAUAUCCUGUGGUGGUUGAUUAUAGUUAUGACCCUCCUGGUGAAUGGCAGUAGUGUUUUAUGUAUAAAAAUCCCCCAACACAUUCACAAAGUUGGACUGCAUAAUGUGACUAAUUUUUACUUUUUAAAAACAAUUUUAUUACAAAUUUUAUAUGAUAUUAUCUAAUUUCACCAAAUACCACUAGCUAACUAUUGCAUAUUUGCAAGCUUAUUACUUUUUCCUACUGUUUUGUUUUUUAUUUUUAUUUUUUAUUAUUACGUGAAUUUAGGGACAAGAAGAGUUUAUAUAACCUCAUAACUGACGUAAUUUUAAAAAGUAUAAAACAAAUAAAAAUAAAUAACGUGCAAUGAUGAUAAUAUAGGCUUAAGGAUGUAACGGUUUUCCUCACUGCUAUUCGAACAGGUCUUCAGUAAUCUCGUGUAAUGUAGUAGUCAUUGUUUGGAUUAGUAAAAUUCUCUGAUGCUGCGUUCAAUAAAGGUGAUUUCUAGCGUGAAUGCUUUGGGAGUAGACCUCAUGAUGGAUCUCACGUGUGUCUGGCACUGGUUCUCACUGCAGAAAAAGCUUCAGCUCUUGAAAAACUGCCCAAGGCACAUGGUUAGGAUUUGUUAAUGUUCAUAGCAUAUGAUUAUUUUUCCCCCCAUGGCAAUGCUCAGUGCAUGCGCAUAACCUUUUUCUCAUCUAUCCCUAGAUACGAAACUCAUACCAGUGUCCUUUCCCUGGAACGUGAUUUCCAUCAUGUUUAUACGAACCAAGCACAUGAUCACAAGAUUGGGGUGAAAAGUGAAGUCAGAUAUAAUUAGGACACGAUGCUCGCUUUUUUAAGCUGUGCAGAACCCUGGUGCAAAAAAGAAUUACGGGAAAAUUUGUUUUCAGCAUUAGUUGUGCAUCAUUUUCUACUCUUACAUGACUAAUAAUGGGAAAAAAAAACUACCGUACAUACAGUUUUUACAUUCACAUCGCAAAUUGAUCUAUAAGCUGCACAUCGAUUUAUUCCAUCUACAGAAUUUGUGUGAAUUCGUGUCACGUUCACAGAUUGAGAUUAAGCACAUUACAUACUCUAACAAGCGCUACUAUGAGCUGUGCAUUUCGGCAACAUUGCUUAGUUAGCGAGAUUUUUAAUGCACUCUAUAUUUACUGAGCAUGAGGUGAUUUUUUUUUUUUUUUUUUUUUCCCCCCCACUUUUUUCGCCAACAAACAGAGCGCCUCUGUGUUCCUCUGGUGUAGCUGCCGAAAGCCAAAGGCCUUAAAAUAGAGCAGGCCCCAAUGUGGGGAGAGCUCCCUUACUGCAAGCAUCUUUUAUUUUAUUUGUGUACUAAAUUGAAUGUAGAACAGGUUCUUCAGAAUGUAUAACAUAUAACAAGCGUUUUCACUCCGCUUCAGUUUGCAACAGCGCAAAUACCAGUGAAUAUUUUCGAAUAAUCUAUUUUUUUUUAUUUUAUUUUUUUUUUUGUUCUAGUGCCUACACAAGCCCGAACAUUCCCGUUAUAGUUCACAGUUAGUAUGUAAUAUGUUUUUGGAAAUUGGUUUUUGGAAUAUUUUCUAAGCUCUAUUCUGAGCCCUUGGGAUUUUCUUUAAAAUGUGAAAAUACCUCCAAAAACCAAGGCUAAGAUAAGCCGCUAAACCUGACCAUUUCAAGUGAUGGAGUGAAAAUGAAAUACAAACGAACAAACAUUGGUGAAAAAGGUCUGUUAUUGGAACCUUCAGAUCAGAAAAUCUAUAUAUAUGGUUCACAAUAAUACAAAUAAGUCUAAUCUUUCUGUAUCUGUCUAAUCCCAAAGCUGCAUUUACAAAAUUUAUAGUCACGGCACAGUUUAUAUAAACGUAUAAUUAAUAUAUAUAUAUAUAUAUAUAUAUAUAUAUAUGUAUGUAUGUAUGUAUGUGUAUGUAUGUAUGUAUGUAUUUUAAGUGAAUGAAUCCUCUGGAUACAGUUUUUAUUCUAUCCACUAAUUACUAAUUAGGCCUCCGAAUUUCUGUGUUUGUGGAUGCUUGAAGCCAAGUGUCUGGAGCAGGUGAGUUUUAAUGUUGUUCUGUCCAAUACCGUGGCCUGCACACUGACUUUCCCAAAGCUUUUGAUUGUAUGGCUUAAAUAUAUUGCACACAUGAAAUAUUUUUCUAAAUGUAUUUUUACAUUUUUUUUGUCUUAACUACUGUCGAUGAAUAAAAAUCAAUUACUCGUG